UCGAAUUGCAUAAUAUUGCCUAAUCUAGAAAUCAAAAUUUUUUUAUCUAUUUUAGAUAACAAAUUCAAACUGAAAAGAAACUUCAAUACAAUUUAAAAUGACAAAUAAAUUCCCGCGUCUUUUGUUCAGCCAAUGAGCGAAGAUUAGUUUCAAAGUUGGAAGGUUGGCAGCACUUGUUAAUCCCCCUUCACUCCCCUGUAGCGACGGCUGUUUAGGCCAUGUUUAGUGUGUCUGUCUGUCUGUCUGGUUUAGGUUGUUAGUCUCCCGGUGUUAAACAAUAUUUUUGUCGUGGUGUUGUAAACUCAAUCCUGGUGUUCUCGUAAAAGGUGCGCGUCGAGAACUGCCUCAUUUUGUGUCGGGCUGAGCGCCAAAAGAACACCGUAAUUAUGGAAAAUCCCGAGGAAGUGUUGCAAGCACUCGAUGAGUUUCAGAAAAUGCGACCAACAGAGAUCCCGCGGGAACUCGAGGAAUAUCUCUGUUGGGUUGCAAAGACCGGCGACCCCGUUUAUCAAUGGUCAUUGGUCAAGGUUCUUUUUCGCGAAAAACUCACUCGAGUUAUGACUGAUUUCUACGAAAGCUGUCCAAGUCUUGAUUUGGCACCAUGCCCAAACGUUGAAACAUUUAAUUAUGACACAAUGAAAAGCAGCCUCCUGGAACGACUCGAUUCAUUUAUAAAUGCACCAUUUACUGUUCAACGAAUUUGUGAACUUCUAACCACAUCGCGAAAAGAAUAUAAUCGAGUGGACAAAUUUAUGCGCGCUAUUGAAAAAAAUAUUCUAGUUAUUUCGGCAAGGGAACCAGGUUCGACAAUAAGAAGAAAUGAAAAUGGUGAUGGUAUGGUUAACGGUUCCAUGGAAGACGAUGCACCAGGUGGUGAGUCACACGACGUUGAAAUGGAUUCCUGGGUUAAAGAUUGUGCCACUUCGACAGUUGGAAUGUCGGCACAAACUAUGGAUGCCGAAACACGAUUGUUGGACGAUGUUACAACCAAUUUUCCUAAAACUUCGCCUGUAGCCAAUGGAGGAAAUCUUCUUUCACAAGAAAAGGCUGAUCAUUCAACAAUUAAUACCUGCGAAUCUGGCUUAAACUUUGUACCAUCAACGUCAGAAUUUUCGGGUCACGGUCUCGAGAGCAGGGAUUCAAUUGGACUUGGUACACAAGGUUUGGGUACAUCGGUUGUACAUGAGACACCAAGCAUCGCCAGGGAGGUUCCUGACGCAAUUAUGAAUGAAGACACCAGCUCACAACCAAGUUUGGAUAUCGAUAGUCCUGAAAGCGAACCUGCUGAUCCUAAUCGAAAACUCCAAACGACCUUUCAGGCAAAAGAUUUCAUUACUCAUGAAAAAUCUCCAGAGCCUUACGAGGACACCAAAGUUGCGGUACAAACUGAUUCCGAUUUAGAAGCGGCCAACGAAAUUCCAUCUGUUGAAAGUAGUUCUGAAUCAUUGGAUGCAUGUGCAAAAUCAGAUAUUAACGAGCGAGGAUCAGUUCUUCCAAAUAUAGAAAAUUUCCUGCACACAAGAUUAGAAAAUUCAGUGAUAACAUCGGAAGGAACAUCAAAUCAAAAAUCCGCGUCUGAAAUUGAGGAAAACACUUCUUCAAAAGAAGAUAAGGAUCUUGUACCGGAAAAUUCGACGUGUCAGGAACAAUCUUCAAAUAGCAAUUCUUCAGAGUCAUUUUCAGAAGACAAUAUUCCGAAGGAUAAAGCGGAAGAAAUUUCUAAAGAAGUUGAGAAUGAAGAAGUUUCCAUGAAUACGGAUCCUGUUCAAGAAAAAGAUGAAGAAGAAGAAGAAAAACCAACAGAACCAAUUGCAGAAACAAAAGAAGAAUCAACAAAUCCAGUAACAGAAACAGAAGAUAAGACAAAUGAUGAAACUCCAAAUAAAGAGAAAUCCGAAAUUAUUAAUGAAGAAGAGAAAAUUGAUGAGUCAACUUCCGAGAAAUGCGAUUCAAAUGAUGAUUCACAAAAUUCGGAAAACAGCAGUUUGACAAUUGAAGAAACAACGGAAGACGAUUCAUCGGAAACAAAAUCCAUUGUACCUGAUCCUAUUCCAAUUGUCGAAGAACCCAAAGAAGAAGAAUUUGUCGUUAAAAGCAGUGACAAUGAAACGUCGAUUGAAGAAAUCGAUUCAAAAACAAUGCCAACUGAAACUGAGGAUUUGCCAAAGAAUGAGCCAACUAUUAUCGAAAAUUUAGAAAAUAAUGAUAAUAUCAUUGCAUCUGAGAAAAAAGAAGAAGAAGAAGAAAAUGUUCCAUGCGAAGAAACAAAGACUGACGUCUCAAUUUCAGAUGAGAAAAAAGAAGUUCCUGAAUCAUCAAUUGCUGAGACUAUUCCUGAAAAAGUGACAAAAUCCGAAGAAUCAAUGGAAGUAGACGGAGAGGGAACAGCAACGACUAAUUUACAAGAUGAACCAAUGGAGGAGGAAACGCAUCAAGUUGCAAGUUAAUAAAUUCUUCAAUUUCGGUUAUGGGAACAAUGAGAAAAAUUAUCAGGUUUCAGAAAAAAUAUGCGCAAACGACUGCUAGAAAUUGUGAUUCUUCUUUGCGAUUUCUAGACGUUUUCUUGUAAAAAGUAAAUACAGGGAUCAAAAACUAUAAUUGUAAUCAACUUUCAAAACAAAGGGAAAAAUAUUUAUAACCCAGUUCGUUUUCUAUGAUCCAUAAUUGACAAACUGAGAAAUAUUUAAUUUUACCAAGAAGAUAAUGUAGAAACACUUCAAAUUGUUUCAAAAUCAAGAUCACUGCCUGUUCCGAAAUAUAAGAUUGACUAGGUAAUUAAAAAUUUACAUCUUUCAUUUUUACGUUUAUCAUUACCGUGCUGACUUGGACAUUAAGGUUUCUUUUUUUUUUUUUUUUUUUGCAUCAAAAAUUUAAAUUCAUUUCACAUUCCUUCAAAAUUGAACCUCAUUUGUCAACAUGUAGAAUAAUAAUGCAUUAAAAUUAUGUUUGUAAUUGAAAAAAAAAAUUUGUAGUGAAAUAUUGACUUUCUUAAAAGCAUUGUGUAACAAGUGCACUUUACUGUUCUUUGUAAAUUUAUUUUUAACAUAUCAAAAUUAAUAAAACUGUCCAAAGAAAUAAAA